AUGUCGAGUGCACCUGCUACGACGGAGAUCCAGUCGGCUAAGAAGCGCGCGGACCUGAGGUCAAAAGCGAAGAACAAAGGGAAAUCCGCUGCAAAGGGUGCAGAUGGAGGACACGUCCUUGCUGGAGCAGACUACGUGACAUUGAUGAUGGGUGGUCGACGGAAAGCGGCAGAGGAGGCUCUCAAGCUACCACCGGACUCGUAG